AUGGUGGACGUGAUUGAACUCCAAGCGCAGUUGGAAAAACUCGCGGUCGAGUUACGAAGCGAGAAGGAAAAAAACGCGAAAUUGCUCGAGGAGAACGUCGCGAUUAAAGCGCAGACGACGAAAGUCGUCUCGGAGAUGGAAAAGGAAGAGGAGUUAAUCGCGAACGCACUCAUGCGAAAAAUCGAAACGAUGAACGCGGAGAAGAAUAAACUGUUGGUACAAAUAGACCAGGAAGAGGAACACAUCUCGAACGCGUUGCAGAAGAAGUUGGACGAAGUGAUGCGGGAAAAAGUUGAGUUGGAGAGACAGUUGGAAAGCGAGACGGAGUUUGUCGGGAACCGUUUACAACGACAAGUGGAUCAACUCGCGAAGGAGAAGAAAACGUUGGCGAAAGAGCGAGAACGGUUGAGAGAGAAAAUACAGAGAUUACACGGGGAAGGAGAGAAACUGAGACGGGAAAAAGUCGCCAUCGAACACUCGCUGGAAACCGAGGAGGAGAAUAUCGUGAACAAGCUUCAAGCGCAGAUACAGAAGCUGUUGCAACAAAACGUUCUGCUGGAACGUAAACUGAAUCGCUUACAGGGUGGGAAUUUUGCGGCGACGAGUGAUUCGGAGCAAAGCGAAGAUGGAUAUUCGUCGACGUAUUCCGCCAGGGCGGCGUAUUUGAGUUCCUCUCCGAGGAGCACGAGAAGCGGGACGAGUACGACGAGGGACGGGAGCGUAGGCCCUCCGGGAAGUCGAGGCGCGGGGCACGGCAGUCGAGGGGAUUUUAUCACGAGUUGGCAACGCGGGGCGUAUGCGGCGCACAGCAAAGAGAAUAGUAGUAGUCAUAAUACUAAUAAUAAUAAUAAUAACAACAACAACAACAACAAAAAGAAGAAGGAAAAAGGAGAGCCUUCGAGCGAGUCCGGGUCGCAAAGAGAGAGUUUGGAUAUCCCGACCGGCCUCGGGAAAGCGCCGCACAGGACUUUAUCGACCGGCGGUCCCGGAUCGACGUACAGUCAAUCUGGGAUGACGGAAGAUAACGCGACGAACGCGACAACGCACGGAAACGAAACGCCAAUGAGUUUACCGACGACGCCGAGGAGCGGGUUAAGCGUCCAAAAUCCAGAUUCUGAGAUUGAUUUUUAA